AUGGCUUCCAAAAACAUGGUGAAUCCUGCUGUCGAACCCAGCAUGGAAGACGACCUGUUUGCCAGAGAGGUGGCCGAGGUCAAGCGGUGGUGGAGUGAUCCCCGUUGGAGGUACACCAAGCGGCCAUUCACUGCCGAACAAAUCGUAUCCAAGCGGGGCAACCUGAAGAUUGAGUAUCCAAGCAAUACACAGUCUAAGAAGCUGUGGAAGAUCCUCGAAGGCCGCUUCCAAAAGCGCGAUGCCAGUUACACCUAUGGCUGCUUGGAGCCGACUAUGGUGACCCAGAUGGCCAAAUACCUAGACACUGUCUAUGUUUCCGGCUGGCAGUCAUCCUCUACAGCUUCAUCCUCGGACGAGCCGGGCCCGGAUUUGGCAGACUAUCCCUACACCACCGUCCCGAACAAAGUUUCUCACUUGUUCAUGGCGCAACUGUUCCACGACCGGAAACAGCGCCAUGAGCGUCUCUCGGCGCCCAAGUCGGAGCGAUCCAAACUUCAAAACAUCGACUACCUGCGACCCAUUAUUGCUGACGCCGAUACUGGCCAUGGAGGUUUGACAGCGGUGAUGAAGUUGACGAAACUCUUCGUCGAGAAGGGAGCAGCCGGUAUCCACAUCGAGGACCAGGCUCCCGGUACAAAGAAGUGCGGACACAUGGCGGGCAAGGUCCUCGUACCCAUCAGCGAGCACAUCAACCGCUUGGUUGCCAUUCGGGCGCAGGCCGACAUUAUGGGUGUCGACCUCCUCGCAAUUGCCCGUACCGAUGCCGAAGCUGCCACGCUGAUCACGACCAGCAUCGACCCCCGCGACCACGCCUUCAUCCUCGGAUGCACAAACCCGAGCCUGCAGCCACUUGCCGACCUCAUGAACACUGCAGAGCAGUCUGGAAAGACUGGCGAUCAGUUGCAAGCCAUCGAGGACGAGUGGCUGGCAAAGGCCAACCUGAAGCGCUUCGACGACGCGGUUGUCGACAUGAUCAACUCUUCCUCGUCGAUUCGCAACCCGAAGGAUGUUGCUGCGAAAUAUCUGCAGGCCGCCAAGGGCAAGAGCAACCGGGAAGCCAGAGCCAUUGCAAGCAGCUUGGGCGUUCCCGAAAUCUUUUUCGACUGGGACUCGCCUCGCACGCGAGAGGGAUACUUCCGCAUCAAGGGUGGCUGUGACUGCGCCAUCAACCGUGCCAUCGCCUAUGCGCCAUAUGCCGAUGCUAUCUGGAUGGAGAGCAAGCUGCCUGACUACAAGCAGGCGAAGGAGUUUGCCGAGGGCGUGCACGCUGUGUACCCCGAGCAAAAGCUUGCAUACAACCUCUCACCUUCCUUCAACUGGAAGACGGCAAUGCCAAGAGACGAGCAGGAGACGUACAUCCGACGCCUGGCGGCUCUGGGCUACUGCUGGCAGUUCAUUACCCUGGCGGGUCUGCACACGACAGCGCUCAUCAGCGACCGCUUCGCGCGGGCGUACUCCGAGGUCGGCAUGAGAGCGUAUGGCGAGCUUGUGCAGGAACCAGAGAUGGAACUGGGCGUCGACGUCGUCAAGCACCAAAAGUGGAGUGGCGCGACUUAUGUCGACGAGCUGCAGAAGAUGGUGACGGGUGGCGUGAGCAGCACUGCCGCCAUGGGCAAGGGAGUGACAGAAGACCAAUUCCACUGA